UCCACGGUCAGUAAUAUGUGAAGGUCCCUUGUCCCUAUUUUCCUCCUUUUUGUGAUCUUUUAGCAUCAAGGUGAAGCUUUGAGUAUUUGUGCGCAUUGCCAAGGGUGUGAGCAGUGCAAGUGGCCGCAGUAAGCCCUUCUCCCACAGCGCACAGCAGCAGAGGGGUGGGGUGUGGUGAGGGGCCAUGAAGACACCCUCACCACUACCACAGGGAAGGCAGCAAGGAAAGUGGAAGUGAUAUGUGGGGUGUAUUAAGGAACGGUGCACAGGACACUAAAGGACACAAGGGUGAUGGAGGAAGGGGUGGAGCAGUGUCAGACAUCAGGUGGCAGAGACGGUGGCCAGCCCAGUGCCAAGAGACAGUGCCGCGAUGGACAGACGCGCCUGGCACCACCACGAGAGCUGAGGCAAGGCAUCCUGCAGCACCUCCUUGAGCCUGUGGUGCUGAGGGGGUACCUUGGGGGUGGGGCAGGGACAGGGGAUGGUAAGGGGGACGGGGGGUCAGGGUGGGGGUGUCUGGAGUGGAGUAUUGAUAAGUGGGGGGAAAUAUUUGGUAACCAAGAGCUGGAUUUCCGUGUUGGGCAGCGUGUCGGCACUGGCCAGUCACUGUCGGCGCCACAGUGGGAGAGUGAGUGCCAAAAAGCCGUUAUGACAUUUUGUGACUUCCUGGAGUGGGUGAGGGGUGCCACAUCCUGCACCACAACCAGCGGCACUGAGGUGAAGAGUGCCACACAUUGGGCAUACUUUGACUACUACUACCUCAAGGACCUGGGGGCAGUCCAGCUGGAAGGUGCCAUGGACUGGGGUGCCUUGGGUUUUCCGGAGAGGGGUGUGGGUGCCGGCACUCUCUGGAUUGGCUCAGCAGGUGCCAACACACCGUGCCACAUUGACACUUAUGGCUGCAACCUCAUAGUGCAAGUGUUGGGCAGAAAACGCUGGGUGCUUUUCCCCGAGUGCCAAUCUGGGCUGCUCAGUGCCACACGCGUCCCAUAUGAGGAGUCAAGCAUAUACAGCAGUGCCGGGUUCCCACGUCCGAGCUUGCAGUGCCACCCUAAGCUUGCCAGUGCCACACCUUACGUCAUUACCCUGCAUCCUGGCGACACCCUGUUUGUCCCUCGGCACUGGUGGCACUCAGUGGAAAACCUUGACCUGGCUGUGAGUCUCAAUACCUGGCUGGAGGUGCCGGAGGAUAGUGCCGAGAGGGUCAAGGAGGCACUGGUCAUGUAUUCUGUGGCCAGUUUGUGCCAAGGUGUGACCUCUCUUGACCUUCUGAAGUCUGUGUUUAAUCCUAAUAUGCUUGACCUGGCCACCAUGACCUCACCUGACCUUUUGGCACUGCUCAGGGAGAAGGUACUGGCUAUGACAUCUCCCCUCACCCCAACAGACACCCCAGUUACCUCUUCCCUCACCCCAGUCACUCCAAAAGUCACACCAAUGCACACCACUAACACUCACACAGUCACCCCUUCCUUCACCCCAAUUCUUGUCACCCCAACUUCAAAAAUCAACCUGCCCUCCACCUUAGUCACCUCCACCCCUCCUCACCCCUCUUCUCUCACCCCAUCACACCCACCAGACCCCCAGAAGAGUGCCAAAAGUAGGUGGCACUGCACAGACUGGCUAGCAAAACAUAGCAUUGAGAAAGUGCCACAUAUGACCUUUUGCCAGUACCAGAGAGAUAUUCUGGCACUGGGGCAGGUCAGAUCAGGUCAAGGAGUGCCAGGGAGUGCCACAUCUCAGCUGGAAAGUGACCUGAGGGUGUUGAUUGAUGCAUUCACUGAUAGAAGAGUUGUGAGUGUGUUGAAAGAAGUGUUGGAGGAGAAAAUGGCAGAAAGAAGAGAGAUGGAAGGGUGUGGAAGAGAGGCGGAGGAAAAGGGAACAGGAAAGAAUGAGUGAUAAAGGUGGAAUAGUAGAAAAAUGAAUAAUGGAUUGGAAUAGAGAGAAAAAGGGAGUGAAAAUGAGAAAGGGUGUUCGAUAAGGAUGGAAAAAGAGAAAUAUGAAAGAAUAAUAAAUUGAUGAUAGAAUAGUAAAGAAAAAAGAGAAUGAUGGAUUGAAAUAGAGAGAAAAAGAAACAGAAAAAGAGAAACACUGGUUGAUAAAGAUAGAAGAGGAAGAAUAUGAUAAAAAUAGAAAAAAAAUGAGUGAUGAUGGAAUAGCAAAGAAAAAAAGAGAAUAACAGAUUGGAAUAGAGGAAUAGGAACUGGAAAGAGAAAGUUUGAUAAAGAUAGGAAAAGAGAAACAUGAUAACAAAAGAAGAAAGAAAGAACUGAUUGGUGAGAAUAG